CAGACGUCGAGGCCAGCCAAAGGUACACGUCUCGUGCGGCGCUGUGUCCACGGCUCGAAGCAGCGCAGCCCAUAGUAGUCAUGGACGUGGAAGCGCGCAAGGACUCGACGCCAACGACACGCGGCAAGGUUAUGCGCCGCCUCCUGGUGGUGCUCAACUGCGGGAUGCUGGCAUUGGGCACCACGGCGGGGCCGCUCCUCACCCGCCUCUACUACGACAAGGGUGGCCAGCGACAGUGGCUCUCCGCGUGGCUCCAGUCCGUCGGCUGGCCACUGCUGCUGCUCCCCGUGGCGGCUUCCUACGCCGCGCGCCGCGCGCGCGACCGGGCCGCCCCUGUCCUGCUCACCCCGCCACGCGUGCUGCUGGCCGCCGCGGGACUCGGCGUCGCCACGGGCGCGGACAACUUCAUCUACGCCUACAGCCUCCGGUACCUGCCGGUCUCCACCUCCGCGAUCCUCAUCUCGACGCAGCUCGCCUUCACGGUCUUCUUCGCGUUCCUCAUCGUGCGCCAGCGCCUGACGCCCGCCACGGUCAACGCCGUGGCGCUGCUCACGGCGGGCGCCGCCGUGCUGGGCCUGCACGUCUCGUCCGACCGCCCCGCGGGAGUCACCCGGGGGAAGUACUUGCUGGGCUUCGCCCUGGCCCUCGGCGCCGCGGCGCUCUACGGGCUCAUCCUGCCGCUGGUCGAGCUCACGUACAAGCGAGCGGCGGGCGGCGGCCGCGCGGUCACGUACGCGCUGGUGAUGGAGAUGCAGCUGGUGAUGGGGUUCUUCGCCACCGUAUUCUGCACCGUCGGCAUGAUCAUCGACAAGGACUUCCAGGUGCGUGCCCAAAUUUCAUAUGUCGCCUACGUGCCAGUCUUCCAGGAGCAAGUUUAGAGUGUAUUUGGUUGGAUGUACAUAGAGACAUGGAAUGAGAUGACCAUAAUUUUUAUAGUGUUUCGAUGAGAGUCACAUAGUGACGAAUAAACAUCGGAGUAGUUUUUUGUGGCGGCGUGAUCCGCAAAAAUCGAAGGGCCUCAAAAGCAGCGGAGGAGACGAAGGCGGCGACGGAAACCAAGAUGCGAGAGUUUUCGCAGGCCCGAGAUGACGUCGUUACUGCGAUAGGGUGUGCGCCCAUCUCUCGCCCCCACCCCCAAUGGAGGUACCUUUUAUCGACCAGCCGCGAGCGUUACCUAGCCACGUGGAGUGUGUCGUAGCCGAAGGCGUCUUUCAUGGGGUAGCAUGGCUUUGGGGUAGAUGGUCUCCCACUUCGACGAGAUCGACGCCAUCGUGAUCACGGAAGGCUUCGCCGUCGGACGAUGGGACGAGGAGCUGGAUAGAAUUAAAGAUCAAGUCUGUCCCCAUACCCGGUUGCUCGCGAGUCAGAUGUGAGGACUCUUCUGACUGGUCCUUGGACUCUUGCGCAGUCCGCCGGUGAUCCGCCUGUUAACGCUUGAACGAUCACCUACUUGGGUUUUUUUGUAGUAACUUAUUUUGAUCGACUGUAUGGAAUUGUUGUGUGAAUAUUGCUUCUAACUUGAAUUUAUGUUCUGGCUUUAUCGAGGUCGCUUGGGGUCUUCUGCCGUUGUUGCAUGGUAACGCCUUCCUUGGGGAAGUAUUUCCUAUUUCCUGCCUUUUCGAGCAGAGCGUGUCGACCAAGUUGUCCUGUAAUUUGGUUGGCAUGCUCUGUUCCCGAAGAGUGGAGCCUAGGAAGAGGAAGGUGCGUAGAUCAAAAUAAGUCGUGAUCCGACCAAUGGAACCAUACUAAGUAAAACUGCUACCGUGCAUUCCAUGUUUCUUCAUCAAUCCCUAGUCGGUCGUCCACCUUGCGGUCUCGCUUGGCAGAGAGACUGUGGUCGACAAAAAGGUUUUAUAGGCCUUGUCUUA